UCAGUUAUGCGCGAUUUUCCCAGCGACCGCCGUCAUUGAUGGGUUUCUAGCGGUGUGGGACGGUGCCGGAGUGCGUGUAUCAUCGUCCGCAGUUGAAAAUCGCGUGUUGAGUUGACUGGGAUCCUUCUAAGCGAAAUAUAGUGAAAGUAACAGCGUUCUAGUGCAAGUAGUUUAUGCAAAUCCGGAGCAUCUGGUUGGCUCCACCAUGGUCAAAACGAAAGAUAAAAGAAUGUCGACAUUACUGAAAUGGGCUCAAAACACACAGGGGAAGUUAAAUGGCAAAAAUAGUAGCAAUAACAACAGCAGCACAAAUGGAGAAAGAAAAUGGAUACAUCCUCCUGAAGCACUUCAGAAGGGACACAUAGCGUAUCUGGUAAAAUUUUUGGGCAACACUGUCGUGGACCAACCAAAAGGUAUAGAAGUAGUCAAAGAAGGUAUUCGUAAAUUAAGAUUUAGCCAACAAUUACGUAAGAGUGAAACUGGUGCCAAAACGAGAAAAGUUGAACUAACGAUAAGUAUAGAUGGGGUAGCGAUACAAGAACCUAGGACACACAAUAUAUUACACCAAUUCCCACUUCACAGGAUAUCGUACUGUGCGGACGAUAAAGGAGAAAAGAAAUUCUUCUCAUUUAUAGCCAAGCAACCCAACCAAGUUGAUAAUGAGGCUGAGGACACACACGAAUGUUUCGUUUUCAUAUCAGAUAAACUGGCGGAGGAAAUAACACUAACAAUUGGCCAAGCCUUCGAACUAGCCUAUAAACGGUUCCUGGAAACUUCUGGCAAGGACUUGGAAUCCCAGCGCAGGGCGAUGAUCACACAACAGAAGAUAAAAAGGUUGGAACAAGAGAACAACGUUUAUAAACAAAGGCUGUUGGAAAUAUCUCAGUUUAGUAGUAUUAGGCCUGAACUUGAUCAGUAUUUGAGGAAGAAUGAUAUCAGAAAUAUAUUGGAAGUGAAGUCGUCGUUGAAUAAUAAUAGUAACUCUUCUAGUGAUAAUACGACUGUGAAUAACUCAAAUCAGACUAAUGGAACUACAAAGGAACUUUUAGAUCUUAAUUCAGAAAUCACGAAUGGAGCUCCACCCGUACCACCAAGAUCAUUUGAAAAUACUCCUGCAGUGGGCACAAAACUGGAAGGCUUGUUAUUAAAUGAAUUAGAACAUGACAAUGAUUUUGAUCCCCGAUCUUUUGAAAACAACCACAAUACCCAAUUCUACCCUAACACCAAUGGCAACACUUCAAGUCCACCACUAAUUGCACCACCUCCGAAGGCACCUAGACGUAGUAAUCUCAGCCUUAAUACCAAUAACGGUAAUAAUAAUGGUGAUUUCAAAACUUCAGGUCAAGAUUUGUUUGGCACUACACCAUUUACACCUGCUCUAACGCCCUCUCCAAACAGUGUUACUAGUGGCAAAAUACUGGAUCCAUUUGAGAUGGGUGAUUUUGGAAAUGCAGCUACUCCUCAAGACCUUGAAAAUGCUAUUGGACUAUUAGAUAAGAGAAUACUUGAAAUGAAGACUGGAUUUAGCCGUGGAAUCAGCUUCGGAAAUGAUGACUUCUCCUUGGAAAGUUUAGACCCUCUGAAGAACUAAGUUAUUUGUAAAAAUAUUUGAAAUGUUAGUUAAGUAUGCGUAGUGAUUGAAAGUGUUAUAUUUUUUGUCAUAUUGGCAAGUUAUAUUUCGUGAUGCUAACCUAGAUCAAAUUAUAAAAUAAUAUAUUUUUAUAUGCAAUGUGUAAAUGUAUUUUGUCAAGCAAACUAUUGUAGUUGAGAGUAAUUUCAUAUAUUUAAUUGCACUAUAAUUGUUAUACAUUGAAAUUUAUAUAUUUUUAUUAUAAGUAUUAUUGGUAACUGG